UUUUACCCAGCUAGAAACACUUGAACUUCAACUAAAAAAGAUCACUGAACACCUCGAUCUCCAGAAAGCUUUCACGCUCCUUGAUGGUACUCACCAGAUAGCCUCUGAGCUUGGUCUGCCAUUAUCUCUGAAGGUCACCUCCGCAGGAGUUAUGACUGUCAAUUAUUUUGGACGUAUCUAUGCUCAUCCGCCCCUGUAUGAAAUGCUGCGUAAAAAAUUGCCGCCAAAUGGAUUGUUAGUAGAGGGAGCCCUAACGCCAAGACUGGCUGUUAAGAUGACCGGCAAAAUAGGAGUUGAUGCCGUUAUAUUAAAAACAGGAGUUGCAAUCGACGCAAAUGUGAACAUCAAUGCACCAAUUAACGGACAACUGAAGGUCGACAUUUCAAACAGAAUCUACCAUGCUAAGAUUAAUACGCCCUCACAAGAUAGAAAACUUGUCGUUCUUCAAACUAAACCCUACACAUUCAGAUCGGAAGGAGACGUGAACAUAUCCAGUAUUGGAAAUGUUGGAAACGAAGUUAAGAAAUCUAUUAAAGGCCAACUUAUCAAGAGAAAACCACUUAUUGUACGUAAUCGAUUUGACAUUUGAUACCUAUCGUUAUGC